AUGGAGUUGGCCGAUAGAAUCUCGAAAGUUAGCCUUGAAAAAUUUGAUAGUUUACCGAAAACUGGGAAACCCAAUGCGGACUUUCAGUGGACAAUUUUGUCUGCCAUCGUGAAGGUGGAAUCCAAUAACGUUGAUUCGAACGUAGAAGUCGUUGCACUCGGUACAGGAACGAAGUGUUUAGGGUCCACCCAGCUCAGCGAUAAAGGUGAUAUUCUUAAUGAUAGCCAUGCCGAGGUUCUGGCCAGAAGAGGAUUCGUACGUUACUUAUUGAAAGAAAUGAAGAGUAGUCUUUCCAAACGAUCGAGUAUUUUUGACUGUAGUUUGGAAUCUCGAAAAUUUAUAUUGAAGAAAGGCAUUACCUUUCAUUUCUUCACGACCCACAGUCCCUGUGGAGACGCAAGUAUUUAUGAGCAAUCUGACCCAUCGGAAGAUGAACCAACGACCAAACGGAUUAAACUAACCAGUGAUGUCUCCGACAUUGGAUCAGUUGUGAAAUCUGCACAUGGAAUGACCGGUGGAAAACUGAUAAUUUCGGAUGGUGACGAUUUGAUGGCUCAAAAUGUGGGUAUGAUAAGGACCAAACCUGGCAAAGGCGUACGCACGUUGUCACUAUCUUGCAGUGAUAAGAUGGCUAAAUGGAACGUUCUCGGAGUACAGGGUUCGCUUCUUAUGUCACUUUUGGAAGAGCCUGUCUAUUUAGAGAGCAUCGUAUUUUGUGAUGGAACUGAUCAUAGUAGAGAAGCAAUGGAGAGAGCUUUAUGGAAACGGUGGGAUGUUGAAUUGGUGAAGAGUACGGUGAAUUUUCCCUUCAGACUAAAUCAACCGAGGAUUUCUAUCGCUGCUAAUGGGAAGCUCUUCCCAUUAAGGAAAAAUAGAAAAGUGGCGUCUGAGGGCAAAUAUCAACCGGCACCUGGAGGAAUCGUAUGGUGCAGUGGAGUUGACAACGAGCUGGAGGUUGAAAUCGGCGGUCGACGGCAGGGUGUUACCAGGAAGAACUUCGGCACACCGGCAGCCCGCCUCAAGAUCUCGAAAAUUGAAUUAUUCUCUGCGUUCGUUGCAGUAACAAAGGAGCUGCUAGCGGUCCGUACGGUGGUGGCGGUCGAUGAUGGAACAAAUUGCUCCGACGCUGGGAUGAAUUUAUCGUCUGAUGCUGAGUCUGAUUGUAGCGGCUUACGGUACGUUGACGCAAAAGCGCUGUCUCGGGCGUAUCGCGAACAGUGGACCAUGCUGCGAUCUCGAGUGUUCCGGGCUUGGAGUGAGAAACCGAGUGGUUUGCUGAAUUUCACCCUCGAAACGGGUAGUUCGGCAUAGAGCAGGAAUAGAAAAAAUAAAUAUUUUUAAUACGCAUUAUUUUCACGACAAUACAGGUUGCGAAUAGAUAAAUACACGGAAUAUAAUCCCA